GGUUGAAUGGCUUGUCGAAACUGAACGUGGCCUGCUUGAAUUUCCAACCCCAUAUGGACGUAAGGAAAAUCUACGGGAAUGGUGUCGAGGCCAAAUACACGUACUCUGGACCAGCCUUGGAAUUGUUGAAGAUAAUCGCGAACGACAUGAAUUUCACAUACACACUGAAGGUGCCACCAAACGAUGGAGCCUGGGGUGUCCUGUACCCGAAUGGAACCUGGAACGGAAUUAUCCGUAUGAUAUUAGAUAAGGAAGCAGAUAUCGGAUUGGGGCCCUUCGGCGUCACCUACGUCAGAUCCAAGUUUAUCGACUACACGACGCCGCUGCUGGUCGACUACACACAAAACUUAGGAAGAAGAGGAAACACUGAAGUCGCUCUGUGGAGUGUCCUGCUCGCUCUGGACCCGUCGGUGUGGAUCGCAACCUUCGUCAUGCUGGCCAUGACGUUCUCCAUCGUCUACCUCCUGGACAAGUCUAGCUCGAGGGUGACCUCGAAAAUCUCCCUACUACUACGCCCGGACGUUUCUUCAUCAAGACAUAAAGUACUACGUGGGAGACAACUGGGAGCUCUUCAUUUUCGGCAUGUGGCUGAUGACGAUGCUCGUCUUGACGGAAUCUUACAAAUCCAAUCUGAUGUCAUUGCUGGCUGUGAGGUACAUCAAGGAGCCCUACCACAGCUUCAGAGAAAUUCUGGACGACAAGUCGGCAGUAUUGGUGCUCUUCUCCAACACUGUUUUUACGCAGAUCUUGACGGACGCGAAAUCAGGCAUCUUUAAGGAGGUGGCAGACGCGGGCAAGCAAGGUCGCAUCAUAGAAAUUCCCACUCAGGGUUACAUACCCGUCGUGGACAAGUUCGUGUCACAGGGGAAGUAUGUCUUUAACGGUCCGUAUCUCAUGAUGAGGCUGUUCCUGACGCAAGACUACAUGGAGAAAGGCAACUGUAAAUUCUACGUGUCCAGGGAAAAGGUCCUUCCGUUCAUCUACGCACUGGCAGUUCAGAAGCAUAGCCCGCUCAGAGCGGCUCUGAACAAAAGGAUCCAGGCCCUGAUAGAAGGAGGUUUUUACAACUUUUGGCUGGAGCAAGUUUUUCCCAACGCUGGAAUGUGCAAAAACCCCCCAAGGAAAAUGACUGUCAAAUCUGCAUUAAACUUUAUGACUCUUUCGGGAACCUUUUUCAUCCUCUUGGUCGGUUACGUUUUCGGAUUCUUGAGCCUUUGCUUUGAGAUUGUCCUGUCAAAGUUAUCUAAGCAACUAAUAAGAGAAUAAAAGCAAGACAAGAAGCGUACGGUCUUAGUUGCAAGCAUCAUGUAUUUGGCAACUUCCUUGCUGUUCAGUUUCAUGUUAUUAAUUAUUAGAUUAAAAUAAUCUGACCCACUUAUUUGAGGAAUUGUUCAGAGCCUGAGAUAGUGCAAGCAUGAUUCAA